UGGUUCAGCCACGAGGCCAGAAGUCACAAAAACGAUGUCCAGAUUUCAGGAGGUCAAUGAGUGUGCUCAUUACAUUUCUUCCGGAUUAUCCUUUGAAUGUUCAUUUUUAUUUCAUUCGUUCGGAAAGAAGAUUCUCCUUCGAAAGGAUAUUCAGUCAAACCCAUCGCCUACAUUUUCCCUCAAUACUACCCUUUUGAGCAGAAUAACCGACUAUGGGGCGAAAACUUCACUGAAUGGGAUAAUGUCAAUAAAGUCACGCACAAUGGAUUUGGGUUCGAGACCGUUCGUCAGCAUGAGUCCAUAGGAUAUUACAAUGGGCUGGAGUUUGGGACGAGACAACGACAGUGUCAACUCAUCCGCGAGAAUGAAUUUUAUGGCUUGGCAUACCAUAACCACUGGAUGGCAGGCACUCCUAUGAUGGACCAUAUUCUUCAGGCGAUGCUACUCGUCGGGGAACCAAAUACGAAGUUCAUGUUGAGUUGGGCAAACGAGCCCUGGAAGGCGACGUGGGAUGGACUAGAUUCGAGGAAGGUCUUGAUAGCGCAGGAUUAUGGAGAUAUCACGGAUUGGAGGAAGUACUUUGAGUGAAUGUUGCCCUUUUUCCGUCAUCCGAAUUAUAUUCGUUCUGAAGGGAAGGUUCAAUUUAUUAUUUACUUUUCCGGACAUAUCGACAGAACUGCGCCUGGAGUUAAGCAUGCUAUGUAUACUGCGUGGAGAAAUUGGGCUACGGAAGCAGGUCUUGGAGGCAUGGAUAUUAUCGAGACGCGCCACCCUGCCAACCCACCAUUUACAGCUUCUGACGCAGUCAACGAAUUCCAACCUCAUUCCGGUGGGCUGAACCAAGAAUUCCACCAUCUGAUUGACAGAAUUUCGAGAGUCUACCAUCGUGGUAGCAUGGUACUGUAUGCUGG